GCUUGGCUGCAAAAGAUAUCUUCGGGUCAGCAUUCUUCAAAUCCAGAAUUUUAUGUACUCACGCCCAGGCAUUUCUGAAUAACGAAUAAAUGUCGCUCUCAUGGUAGGCGAUGGUCAAGUAAGUGUGCUGGUCGCACCCAUUGCGCCGUUCCGUCCCGGUUGGCUUUGGAUCAUAAUAGAGCCAAACAAUAGCGUUCAAACGUGGCCAAACGUCAUCUUGGUAUUUCUCAUACUUCCUCGACCAUACCUCGGUAAGUCUCUUUACUGUUGUUGGGGACAAAUACUGAGAAUUCUUCAGCAUAAAAUGAUGACCCAUCAGACAUUGUAUACGCUGGCGAACGCUCUGGGGAUACUGGCAAUGGCUACGGUCAUUGGCUAUCACGUCGUCGCAGUCAACUCGAAAUAUCUCUCCAAGAAUGCCCAGAGCAAGCUAUGAUUGGUUCGGCGAGUACGCUAAUAGGUGGGUAUCCUUCUGUAGU